UGGAGGCCAGGCGAGCUGUGGGAUACCGACGGAUAGGAAGUGACGGGACUGCAUGAAUUGCAGAAGGAGAGAGAGAGAGAGGGAGAGAGAGAGAGAGAGAGAAAAAGACGGGAAUAUCAACAGAAAGCAGAAUGAAAAGCAACGUGCGAUCAUCGGACUAUAGCCUGUAGCGCAGGAGGAAACUGAGCAGCGCACAAUCUUAUCAACAACGCCGGAGCGAGAGACUUUCAAUGGAAGUAAACUAUCGGCUCCCAGAAGUGAAAAACAGUGAUUUUUAGUAAGAGGAUUGUCGUCUCGGUUUAGUCUUAUAUCCAUGCUUGUAAUUGUGGAAAGUGCUGGCACACAGGGGGCCAUAUGGAACAGCGACCUGUAAACUACACCUUGAAUAUGAAGGAAAAGACUUUACGGGAAAUCAAAGAAAAGAGUUAGGGGAUAUGAACGCACACUUUUGGAUUUCACCUCGGUUUUUUCCUCUGUCGGCUUCAGUUUUGUUCAGUUUUUGGGGAUGUUUGCGAGUUACAUCACUGUGGCUUCAGGUCGGAUACUGAGCCGUCUGUGCGCUCUGGUGCUGCUCGUCGCUCUUGGACUCGGUUCGGAGCUGCGCGUCCGGGUCCGGCUGUCUGACGGACUGGUGACUGAAGAGGUAUUGGAGGCGGACAAUGAAAGAGACUUGAUAUCACUCGAAUUCAAGCAGGGAGAUGGGGCACUCAUUACUUUUGUGGCGGACUUCAAACAGGAGGUGAAGAUAUUCCGAGCAUUGAUCCUGGGCGAGCUGGAAAGAGGGCAGAACCAGUACCAGGCCCUGUGUUUCAUCUCUCGCCUCAACCGCAAUGAGAUAAUCCCCAGUGAAUCCAUGGCCCGCCUCAGACAGAAAAAUCCUCAGGCCAUUCGCUUGGCGGAGGAACGGAGAGGACUGGAGCAGCUAACAAUGAGUGCUGCGGUAAAUCUAAGUCGGGCCUGGCAACUCAGCGCCCACAUCCACAACAUGUGCAGCGAGGCUCACGAGGCCAUCUACACCAGAGAGGCCGAUGUCAAACACUGGCUGGACAAAGGUGUGGAUGGCUCCAUAUUUGAGGUCCUGCCCCAAACAACAGAGGUGCCCAGCUUUCAGGCCUGUCACUCUACUAAGGACUUGUGGCAGCCAUGUCUCUGCACAUACAGCCUGCGUUUGGAGUGGUACCCAUGUCUGCUUAAGUACUGCCGCAGCCGGGACACCACAGGCAAAGGCUCCACCUACAAGUGUGGCAUAAAGAGCUGCAGCAAGGGCUACCAUUUCACCUACUAUGUUCCCCAAAAACAGCUCUGCCUAUGGGAUGAGGAAACCUAGCAUUUUAUUCUGGAUGUUUGAGAAAAGAGAAAUACAUUUUAGUCUCAGCCAAGCCAAGGCAUCUCCACCCAUGCUACUCAAAGUAAACACAGUAAUACCGGACCUCGGUUUAUAUGAUGUUAAGUGAAGCUGUCUCAGGUUGGGAGUGGUGAGAUCCAGAUGUUCAAGCUGAAACUGAGAUGAAUUCAGGUUCCAAAUGAGACCAAAACUUUUAUGGAAGGAGAGACGCAGCACAUCAGUAUAAGAGGACCCACUAACUUUGAGCCUUUUCUGGGAAAAUUACAUAUCACUGUCGGUUAUAGUGUGACUGCCGAGAAGCUGUCAUUUUAGUGCCUUUUUUGGGGGUGGGUGGGGGGGAUUAUUGGAGCAGAUGACAGAUGCCAACAACAAUAACCUCUCAUGAAAGCUACAUUAUGCACAAAACUGGACAGUGCAUUUUUGGUCAGUUAGACACCAGCAAAGGAACAACAGUUCCACUUUGAUCAAACAUCAUAUACACACAAUCUUCCAUCCUGGUGAAGGAAAAUUUGGAUGGCUGAUUAUCUUUCUUUAUCAAGCUCUGUGAAAAACUGUUUAUUGCCAGCUAAGGUCCUGUUUAUAAAAAUAUAUGCUGGCUGACAAAGAAAAUGCUUGUCCAAUGCUGGCUUUAUUUAUUUUGGUUGCAACGUGAAAUUAUGGAGGACUAUUUUUUGUGUCUUUUUGUUAAAAAUAACCUCAUGAGAUUUAUUUUCUUUCUCCAUAAAAACAAGCUCUUAAACUCACAUGUCUAAACCACAGCUCCUCAGUAACAAGAAGCAUUCAAACACAUCUCAAAACACUUUAACCUCUUGUCUGUUUCUAGUUUUCAUACUGUACAGAGAGUGUGGAUAAACAGGUUUAUUAUCCUCUUUAAUAGGACAGUUUUAGUUUGGCUUCACCCUGUCAUUCCCCAUGGGGGACACCUUAUGCCCACCACUUACAUUCUCAGUCUGUUUGAAAGUGUCAAAUAAACCAAAGUCAAAAGAAAUGCUGUAAAAAGAAGGGUGUAAAGUUUCCAUUUCUAGAAAUAGGCUCUUCAGUAUGGUGAUUUUCCAUGUUAGGGUUCACUUAAAAGUGCAGUAUGGCCUUUUUAAUCUAUCUAUACUGCCAUCUUCUGGUUGCUCAGUUUUUCAUUGUUUCAGUUUCCUGCUAACAGUUAUGCCCCAGUGCCAAAAUGAUGGAUUUUGAUUUCAGUUUUGUGUUCAUGUCUACAGUUAAAUGUUGAUGAUGUAUAAUUUAUGCAUCUCAAAUCCCUUAUCACUUAUAAUGUGUAAUUCAAGGAGCAUUUCUUGAACUUGUGGGACCAAAUUUCAUUUAGUCUGUCUUUGAGUGUCUCUCCGGAGCAUUUAGUUUAAGAGUGAUUUUUAUUUUGUCUUGCCACCAUUUUCAUUUCAGUCUUCAGUGAAUUUCAUUUUGUGUUUUCGGUGUCCUGCUAACUAAAGAACCAAAUGAGUGAAACAUUUUUAUUUGUGGCCUUUUCUGGUGAUCAAGUGCCUUAACAUUUCCACUGAUAUCUUUGCUAUGUUAAUUGUAGAUUAAGUUGUUAAACAUAUUUUUUCUAUGAAAGAGUUUUAAAUAUGCUGUAAAAAGUUGCCAUAAGGAGAAAAUGAGGCAAUUAGGUAAUAAGAGUUGUGUUUCCGAUGAAUUGUUUCAAUAAAGUUUUUCUUUGCACUGCAUAUACAAAUUUAACAUCUG